AUGAGCGCGGAUCUGGACCGCUACUCCAUUGCCACUGAAAUCACUGGUCCAACCACGGUGAACGGCCUGGAGCGGGGCUCUGACUGUGCGGUGUGCUUAUGGCUCACAAUGGGACUGCGGUGUGCUUAUGGCUCACAAUGGGAGACCUACUUGAAGUGGUGGUGUCGAGGAGCUGUUUGGAGUAGCUGUGAGAUCCUUGUUAAAACCACUGGAUCAGAGCAGGAGGUGAAGAGGGACCGGUUGUCCAUCAGGGAUGAUCAGAAAAACCACGCAUUCACCGUGACCAUGAAGGAUCUCAGAAGAGAUGAUGCUGACACGUACUGGUGUGGGAUUGAGAGAACUGGAACUGACCUUGGGGUCAAAGUUCAAGUGACCAUUGACCCAGGUACACAAAAUUCAGCCCCAGAAUGGACAACUACAACAGCAAGUCUGGCACGUACAGCUGCAGCCACCCCGAAGACCACCGCCCCCAUCACCAGGUCCCUGCUCAGAAGCACUCACUUCCUGGUCCUGGUUCUCCUGGAGCUGCCUCUGUUCCUGAGCAUGCUGGGGGCCAUCCUCUGGGUGAACAGGUCGCCGAGAAGGUCUUGA